ACAAAGCACAGCUCACAAUGGCUCCACCUGAGCUCCCAGGCUGCUCUCCCUAACUCAUAACUGGAUUCCUGAAGCCUCUACACAUGUCAUUCCUGGAGCUGCUGUUUCAUUAAAAUGCCACCAUCUUCACCUUCAUUUACCUGGGACAACCUCUUAGAUUCUCUCUCUCUCAGCACAAUAUGGAAUUCGCUACAAGCAAUUUUUCUUGGAGAGACUAGUACACCUCAGACAGACAGUUUGGGGAUACUAGAUAAUCUUGCUCCGGCUGUGCAAGUCAUCCUGGGGAUUUGCUUUUUGGCUUUGUUGGCAAUAGGAUUAUAUUCCUUAUGGAAACGAAGUGUUCGGUCAAUUCAGAAAAUACUGUUGUUUGUCAUCACGCUCUACCAGCUUUACAAGAAGGGCUCAGAUUUUUUUCAGACUUUGUUAGCCAACCCAGAAGGGAGUGGUCAACUUAAAGAAAAUAGUAAUUUCUUCCUAUCCUUGGGUCUUCAAGAGAAAAUUUUGAAGAAACUCCAGAUGGUGGAAAACAAAGUGAAGGACCUGGAAGGGAUGAUCAUUGCCCAGAAGCCUGCCACGAAGAGGGAGUGCUCCUCCGAGCCCUACUGCAGCUGCUCGGACUGCCAGAGUCCUCUGUUCACGUCGGGGUUUACGUCUACGUCUGAAAUGUGACGGACUCCAAACUUCCAGAGAAGCACCGGCUCCCUUCUGUGUGUGGUGGCAUACCAAUAAAGUUAGAGAGCUAUAUUGAAA